AACUAUGUAAACAGACGACAUUGAAUUUUGGACGAAAAGAUGGUGUGAUGAAAAAUUGAAAAUCAAAAAAAUUUCAUAUUUUCAUUAGCUCUAGGUCCAGCUCGUUUUAGAAAAAAGAUCAUAAUCACACAAUCGUAUUACUUCAGGGACCAAACUGCAAUCAAGCCUAAAGUUAUUCAUAAAUAUUUGAGUUUUAUAUUUAAGCAGCGAGCGCCAGAAUUGACUGGUAAUCUGGUAUCUAGUAUCAUCUACCCAUACGUUGAGGUUUCGUACUAUAAUGGUCGUAUCUAGUUUACCUCGCCCGGAUUACAUGUGAUCAUUGAAAAGAAAAGUUGUACUUUCGUUGCCAACAAUUCCUCUCAUCCCAGGAAUCCGUGCUUGCAGAAGCUGCACCAUAUGGAAACCAAGACACUGAGUAUGCCCUUGCAUUAUGGACCUGCAAACUGGUCUCUGUGGGUCUCAAUUCUCAGAGUGUUGCUGCUUGGAAGUUUGCAUCGAGCUUGGCCGACUCUUACCAGGACAAAUCAGCAUCGGACUACACAGUUGAUUCAAAUUAUUAUGAUUUAGUGGCGAUCGUAUGCUCUGACGAUUUGCGUCGGCAUUGAUCAGCUUAACCAACACAAAGGUUAGUAUCAGCUAAAUAAGUCGACUCAAAGAGUUAGCUUUGACCCUUUUAGCGUAUGUCGCGUCCCUGACGCUAAGUCCACGAUAAAUCGUCUAUAAUAUUAAUUUUUUGCCCGUUAGCGUUGAUUUCUGACCGACGCUAUUAAGUGUUUUUAUUGUAGUCAUAAUGAAAGUUAGAGUUACUAAAUAAGCUAAUAUUUAAAUAAUGUGAUAGUUGUUAUUUAAUAUAUAUCUCUAUUAUCUAUAUAUGAUUGAUUCACUCAAUAUACUCUUUCUAUAUAUAUGUAUGAGAAUGGUAAACAUAUCUCAGAGUGCUUUGCAGAAAAAACCACAUAGGAGAUCAGGAGUAAGACCUUAUAAAUCCAAGUCAACCAAUCAAGUUCUGUAUUCUUUACAGAUGUAAAUCAUCUGUCUCGGCUCUCUGUCCUCAACCCUGUCUCACCAGUCAAAAAAUGAGAGCUCAAUUAAAAUUUCAUCACUCUCAUUCAUCAAACUCUGUUAUCACAAACCCACUGUUACGCUUGUAAAAAAAUAAAAAGGCAAAUUCUGUGAUGCCUCCCUAUUUUUAAGGGUGUGGUGCCUCCAACCCUUUUAGCAAAUAAUAUGAUGCCAUGUGUAUUAGUAUUUUCAAAUUUUCUUUUUCUGUUCAAAUUUGAAUUGUUUUUUAGAAAAUCAAAAAUGUUUUAUAUUUUAUUUUCAGAGGGGCCUUUUAGCAAUUGUUUGAAAGUUGUAUAUUAUCUUUUAACCAUCAUUGAGAAUUUUUACCAAGCUUAUUCGUAUUCUGAGUUCAACCCAUUUUCUUCUUCUUCUUCCUUGAACCCUAAUAGUAUCAGCUUCUUCACCUUCCAGCUUCUUCACCUUCCAGCUUCUUCAUCGUUCGUUUUUCGCAGACGAGGACCAUUGUCGUCAUCAGCUUCUUCAUUGUCGUUCGAGCUUCUUCACGUUCCAGCUUCUUCAUCAAAUAGCACGGUCCGUUUCUGAAUCUGGGUUUAGUGUGUUUUGGUUCUAAAAUCGCAUUUUCCUAAUCUAUUAUUCGUUGUUGUUGUUUGAUUUCAAAUUAAGGGGUUCUUAUAUUUGUGGGUUUUGAAUCUGGGUUUAUGGUUUAAAUCGCAUUUUGGGUAUUGUGCUUUUGGGUUUAGGCUUUUGAAUCGGUGGGUUUAGGGUUUAAAAAAUCUGAAUGAAAUUUUUUUCGUUUAAGGUUUACCAAAUUGAUUUCGUUGUUUUCGAAAAUCAGGUUUUGUUUACUUAAAAUCUUUGUGUUGUACUUAUUUAUUGGUUUCGUUGCAUAGGUUUGCUGCCAUGGCAGAUGUGAAUGAAUGUUUCUCUAUUGACUUGUCUAAUGAUGGAGGUAUGAGUGAGGAUGAUGAUUCUGUGGCAGUGGCUGAUGAUGGCAAUGGCAAUAAUGAGAAUUCUAAUCCAGAUCGUUGCAAAUUAAUCCCUGACUUGACAGCUGAUGAGAUAAGGGAGCUGGUGUUUUGUUCUGAGAAGGAUGCUGUUGAAUUUUACCAACACUAUGCCCAUUUCAAAGGUUUUGGUGCAAGGAAAGAUGAUGUCCGUCGUGAUCGAAAGGGUAAUAUUAUUAGUCGUCAACUGGUGUGUAAUAGGGAAGGUGAGAGACAUGAGAAGCAUUUGAAUAAGGUUAGCCGAGUCAAAGAAGCAAAGCCUAUUACCAGCGUGGCUUGCCCAGCAAAGUUCUGUGUCCGUUUUCAUGCAGACUCAAGCAAGUGGAAGGUUGUGCUAUUUGAACCAGAACACAAUCAUGGGUUGACACCUGCAUCCCACGUUCAUUUGAUGCCCUCAUUCAGGGGAUUGACUGAUGGUGACAAGGCUCAAGUAGACAGUCUAAAGCUGUAUGGGGUGAGAAGUUGCAACAUAAUGGGGCUUUUGAUGGGUCAGAAAGGUGGGCAUGAAUCGGUGGGUUUUCUGAAAAAGGACUUAUAUAAUCAUGUUGAUAAGAAGAAAAGGAAAAGUUUAGGUGCUGGAGAUGCAGCCAGUGCAUUGAGUUAUUUGCAGCGCAAGGGGGAGAAGGAUCCCAUGUUUUUUUUCAAAUUCACAAGAUCAGGUGAAGAAAAUCUUGAAAACUUGUUUUGGUGCGAUGGAACAAGUCGCCUUGAUUACCAAGCGUUUGGAGAUGUCAUUGUUUUUGACAGCACCUACAAGAAGAACAAGUACAACAAACCGGUUGUUAUCUUUUCUGGCUACAAUCAUCACAAGGAGACUACAAUUUUUGCAUGUGCCUUGGUUUGUGAUGAGACCAUUGAGACUUACAAAUGGGUCCUGAAAGCCUUGGAUGAAGCUAUGUUUGGAAAGCAACCCAAAGCUGUUGUGACUGAUGGAGACAAAUCUAUGCGUGAAGCAGUGAAGGUUGUGUUUCCUAAUGCUACUCAUAGGCUUUGUGGAUGGCAUAUUCAGCAAAACUGUCUUGAGAAAAUUAAGAUUCCAGAUUUCUUGAAUGAAUUUAAGACUUUUAUUUAUGGGAAUUUCACUCCAGAACGUUUUGAAACUAAAUGGCUGCAAGUGAUUGAAAAGUAUGGUAUUGGUGAGGAAAAAUGGAUUAAACAGACGUAUGAAACUAGGCAGAUGUGGGCAACUGCGUUUAUGCGAGAGAAAUUUUUUGCCGGUAUCAGGACUACCUCUCUAUGUGAAGGCAUUAACUCAUUUAUUAAGAGGUAUGUGCAGUGCAAAAAUAGCAUCCUUGAUUUCAUUUAUAACUUUGAGAGAGCUGUGGAGGAGUAUAGGCAUAAUGAGUUAGCCUCUGAUUUCAAGUCAAGUUAUGGUGAGCCUGUCUUGAUUACUGCUUUGAGUCACAUUGAACAAGGGGCAGCAAAGUUGUUGACAUUGAAUAUGUUUAGGGAAGUGAGACAUAUGAUUCAACGAGCACUUAACCUUAAUCUUGUUGAACGAUCAGAGAUUGGUACCACAGUGAUGAUAAAGUUUAGCAUUUGUCGUCAUCCAAACACUCAGUUCUUGGUCAUUUAUGACAAGAAUCAGAACAUGUUUAAUUGUGAUUGUGGGUUUUCUGAAUAUGUUGGCAUACCUUGUUCUCACAUUAUAUGUGCAAUGAGAACUGAGAACAUGAAUGAAUUCCCUGCUAGUCUUGUUUCUAAAAGGUGCCUGAAGACUGCAAAGGCUGAUUCAUUACAAUCUAUCCCUGCUAUGGAGGUUGAUACUGAUAGAAUGGAAAUGCUGCGUAGAGGUGCAAUUUCUGCUGCAUGCAACUUUCUGAGUGAAUAUGGUGCUGAUGACUCUUCUGAUUUCUCAAAUGUUAUCGAGGACAUAUACAAGCUUGUCAUGAAAUUUCAGAAACGUCGCCAUCCCAAUUCUGCUGCAACCAAUUUAUUUGUCAUUGGUGACCCAGCUGUUGUCAAAACAAAGGGCGCUCCACGGAAGAAGAAGUAUAAGAAGACGAAAAGGCUAUGCUCUAAUUGCAGAAAGGGUGGCCACACAAUCAGGACAUGUCCUACAUUAUUUGAGGGUAAUGAAGUUGGAGAAAGUUUUGCAGAUGCUGAAGAAGAUGAAGAUUCAUCUGUUGAAAUUGAUGGUGAUAACACUGCUGAUACUGAGGAGAUAAUGGAGGGCCCAGUUCAAUGAGUACAGUCAAAGCCAAAAGAAAGGUGGGAGAUAGAAGAACCCAAAAGGAUGUUAAACGCAACACUGGAAGUUCCCAAGCUAUGGUGUCACCAACUAUUGAGCAACCUCAAGCUGAUAUUGAAGCCCCUCCAAUGAGUUUCCCAAGUGGGUUCAAUUUGUUUCCCCAAUUCCCUGCGAGCCAGAUUUUACAAUCUUUCCAUCCUUUUGCUUCAUACCAGCAAUCGCCUUAUGGCACUCAGUAGAAGACUGAAUAUUGGAUGUGGCUCUGAAUUUUGCUUGGAAUUGCUAUUGCAUUGUGUUGCUUAAACCAUUAAUGGACCUGUUUUUUUUCAUGUAAUUUUUGCUGGGAACUAAUAUGGCUAUGUUAUUGAAGUCCUCGCUGAUUUUGAAGUAUUUUUUGUUUAUGAAGUCUUGAAGUUAUUAUGAUUGAAUGUUGGACCAAUGAAUUUUAUUGCUGAAUUAUUAAUUCAUAGUUUUUGAGUUCUUUCAUCCAAAUGCUUAGUUUAGAAUAUUUCAGGUACCAUCUUUGUGCCAUAUUUAUGCAAUCCAGUACUUGUAUAAAAAGAGACCAAUGUUAUAAUCUGUA